AUGAGCACCAAACCAAAGGUCACUCCUCUUUCCAAGCUAGCAAAACAGCAGAUACAACUAGAUCUAGAGGCCCAUUCUUCGUUCAAGCCAGGUCAGAUUGUGGCUUUGCGCGAGGGUCUCUACGGGGGGAAGUACAAGCGAGCGGCGCAGAAUCGUAUCAACUAUUUGAUCGGACUCAAGAAGACAAAUCCAGUCAAAUAUUUCCAAGCUCUCGCUGCAGCUCAAGUUUUUUGUGCUACAGCAACCAACAUUGGGAACCAGGAGGACCUCCCUUCGGACGACGAGUCCACUCUUGCUACUGUGAAAGGAGACGGUUUGUUGUUGGCUAGUGACAGUGAGGACGACGAUCUUCUUGAACCUGUCGACCAAACCUACCGGACGCGCAGUGCCUCAAAGACCAAGGAAACUCCAAAGAAGAAGCCUGCAAAGACCAAGGAAACUCCAAAAAGCAAGGGAAAGAAAGCCGAGAAGCUGACCUCGCCUCCUUUCAGCUCAAUCAACAUCAACACCCCAUCCAAGAGUCGAACCACAGCACCCAAGGUUCUCUUCUCGCCACUAUCUUCUCCCAUUUCCACCAUGUCGACUGUCGCGACCCAUGAUGGUCCUCUCCAAUCGAAUCUCAUUCGCUUUGCUACGAUUGAAGAAGCAUCCGAGUUUGCAGACGAUGUGAUCAAUGUCGAGUUCGAUUUGCCCGAAGACAAUGCCCAUGGCCUCUUCAUUCAAAAGGUGGAUGAUGUGCGGGUGUCGCCAACUGAGCUGAUCACAAAGCUUAAGGUUUUGGUGCCAACCUUUAUCGAUCUACGUGAUUUCUCCAAUACAUCUUGUUUCAUUGUUUGUGGAGGUUCUGGUUUGAUGAUUACGUUGCCCACACUUCCCCAUUACAUUCUCCAUGAGCACGGUGACUUGCUUGGUCAAGAAAAGGUCAAGUGCCAGCGCACUAUUGACAAGACUGCCGAAAUGAUGACUUCCAUUAUUGGGGAUCGUACCCGUUCCCAGAAGAAGCUCUUGCUGCUCAUGCCGGAAGGGCUUGGCCUCUCUGCGGAUUUCACUGAAAAUAUCCGUCGAACCGAUGUCAAAGUGCAUGGCAAGCUACGUGAGAAGACUAGUGUCUACAACGUUGCUAAUCGAUCGAUCAAGCAACUUUUUUACAGUCUUUAUUGGCAGCUCCGAAUUGUCAACGAGAGCCGCCAGCUGAUGGCUCAAAUUGACGACGAUCAGAUGGGUAUCGAGUCGGCUUUUGAAGGUAUGAAUCUCUUAGCUGGAUCGGCAUCUAUGGAAAUUGAAACGACCAGUCGCCACCAGCAGCAGGCACCUCCUCGAUUGGCUGAUCAGCCAGCACAGGCACCUCCUCGAUUGGCUCAAGCUUCCCACUCAUUCUUUGCCACUACAACUAUGAGCUCGAACAACCAACAGACUCGACGACCAGCUGGUCCUGUUUCCCAUUCGUUUAUGUCAGCAGCACGCCCAUCAACAAUUUCAGCAAGCAGUUUUCCGACAGCACCAACUCAUCCAGUUCAAGAGCGGCCAAGCCCUCCUGUUGAUGUAAGCAGUUUUCCGACGGCACCAACUCAUCCAGUUCAACAUCCAAGCCCAGCACCGACUCAUCCAGUCCAACAGCCAAGCCCUGCUGCUGGUGUUGCAAGCAGUUUUCCGACGGCACCAACUCAUUCAGUCGAGCCAAUCCCUGCUUCUGUUCCAUCGGCACCAACUCAUCCAGUACAGCCAAGUGCUGGGCCAAAGAUGGCACCACUACCAAAACCGGUGCUGGACAAAUCUUCUCAAGUGGCCCAUCGAGGUGGUGGGCGUCUUGCCAAUGCCAGAGAAUUGCGAAACAAUCGAAUUGAUACAGCCAGUCGCCAUCGACAACAGAAACGAUUGCAGAAAAUUGCUCGUGUCCGUGCUGAAAAUUCAGCGAAGGAAAUGCGACAACAACUCAACAAUGCUCCCACCGAAUUGCAGCAGACGACAUCUCAGCAGACGGCCAUGGCCGAUGCGUCUGAUCAAAAAAUGGAUGCCGAUAUUGAGGAACUCGAACUGGAUAUUGAGAACGCACAAGCCGAGUACAACACGUUGCAGCAAGAGCUCCACAACAACAACCAAGAGGAAAACAUGGGUGGCUUAUUUGAAGAAGGCAAGAAGGGUGGUGAUGCAUUUGAUUAUUGA